AGAAGGGAGGAGGCACUAGGAAGAGCUGUGUAAGCAAAGUGCUGCACAGUUAGUGUCAGCUUUACUCUGAGAGCCUGAAAAGCCAGUCUCCGAUGUGUCUGUCUGGACAUGACUGAGUUAUCCACUGGAUAAAAGCCUCACCUGCAAAGAGGGCAUUAAUCAUCUCUAAAGAGCACCCAUGCUAUUUGGCUGAGAAAAGCUGUCUGAAGGAUAUCAUGGUGGGAAUAACUUCUUGCCAUCAAUUCAGUGGGAUUAAUAUCUGAAAAAAUUUUGCUUAAUUAUUAAGCCAAAUGAAUUUACAAUGUUGCUUUUGGAAAAACAGGACAAUCUCCUAUCUCAGCACUCAGAGCAGUGCACUGGAAUUUGCACUGGACAAGAACUUGUUUGUUUAUCUUAUCGCUUAAAGCCUGGAUGCUUGGAGCUCUGGCUACAGAGAGGGUGCUGAAUGAGCCACCAGGUGGUGAGAAGGCUCUGUGUUAUUGCUCUUCCUGCACACAGUACAUUAAAUCUGUGUGACCUUGUUCCUGGAAGCUGCUGAGCAUCAUUACUCUGUACAGAGGACAGUCUGCAACCAGCUAUCUUUGUGAAGCAUCUCCUGCCUGGGCAAGGGGACCUUUUGCAAGUCAAUCUCCUUCCACUGCCACACCCAGGUGUGAUUAUCGACAUUCAGGUGCCUGGGUCCCUGCAGCUCCUGGUCAUUACAACAACAGCGGCUGCACAAGGUCAGGGCUGGGCUUGAGAGCUGCCAGGUGAAGAGCUGCCAUCCUCCUCCUCCUCCAAGGGUCUGCACUUCACUGGAGAGGUGACUGUGGCUGGGUUGCCUGCUUCCACCAAAGGUCAUUUGCACGUAACUGAGACAAAAAGAGAAAGAUACCAGCACCACAGCACACAUCCUCUGUAAAAGCAAGCAGCCCUUUUGUGCUUCUGACAUUAAAAGGAAAAAUUGCUGCUGCUGUGACUGGUGAUGAAAGUAUUUGGAGGGGAUUGUUGAUUAGAUCCAUCUCUUGAAGGAUAUUGUAUGAUUCUGGAAAUGAAGAAAAAGAAAGAUGAGUCCCCAUGCCUGUUGGUGUCUGCAAGCCUUGCCCCAGUUUUGUCUUCCCAGAACAAACAAAUUGAUGCUUGUGUACUGAAAAAUUGAUGCAACAAAUAUUUCUUUGGAAAAUGGUACCCCUAAGUUAUUUAUAAAGAUAGCAUCCAUUUCAGCCCUGUGCUGCUCUCUAAGGCAGUAAUAUCCUCCUCAUCCUCUUCAGCAUUGGAGAUGGAGAUCUUCCAGUACAUUGAUGCACAUCAAAGUGAUUUCAUCAAGGAUCUGAAGGAAUGGGUGGCUGUGGAAAGUGAUUCUGUUCAACCACAUCUGAGGAAAGAAGUGAUGCGAAUGAUGGCAUUGGCAGCAGACAGGCUUGCAGCGCUGGGAGCCACUGUUAAUUUAGUCAGCUUGGGGUCACAUCAGCUACCUGAUGGCCAAGUCCUCCCACUGCCUUCUGUGAUUCUUGGGGAGCUGGGAAAGGAUCCACAGAAUCCCACUGUAUGUUUCUAUGGUCACGUGGAUGUGCAGCCUGCCAAGAAGGAAGAUGGCUGGAACACUGACCCCUACACACUGACUGAAAUCAAUGGAAAUCUCUAUGGGCGUGGAGCAACAGACAAUAAGGGACCUGUCCUAGCUUGGAUAAAUGCAGUGGAAACAUUUAAAGCCUUGAAAUUAGCUAUGCCAGUGAACUUCAAGUUUGUAAUUGAAGGCAUGGAAGAAGCAGGAUCCUUGGGGCUAGAAAAGCUGCUUGAGGAAGAAAACCAGAGCUUCUUCUCUGAUGUUGAUUAUAUUGUAAUUUCAGACAACCUGUGGCUCAGCAACAAGAAGCCUGCCCUUACCUAUGGCAGUCGGGGAAAUGCCUGCUUUUUUGUGGAGGUUGAAUGUGGCAGCAAGGACCUUCACUCUGGAACUUUUGGAGGCAUCGUUCACGAGCCGCUGCUGGACCUGAUAGCGCUGCUGGACAGCCUUGUGGAUUCCACAGGUCACAUUCAGAUCCCUGGAAUCUACGACAGUGUUGCUGCCCUGACGGAGGAGGAAAGGAAAUUAUAUGAAUUGAUUGAAUUUGAUGUAGAGGAACAUAGAAAUAACUGUGAUGUGAAAAAAUUCCUCUAUGACACCAAGGAAGAAAUACUCCUACACCUGUGGCGUUACCCCUCUCUCUCUAUUCAUGGGAUUGAAGGAGCUUUCCAUGAACCAGGCAUUAAAACAGUAAUUCCAGCAAAAGUAAUUGGCAAAUUCUCAAUCCGUCAGGUCCCCCACAUGGACCUUUCAGUUGUGAAAAAGCAGGUGGUGGAAUACUUGGAGGGUGUCUUUUCCAAGAGGAACAGUCCAAACAAACUGAAAGUGUCCAUGCCUUUGGGUGCAAAGCCUUGGCUUGCUGAUGUUAAUGAUGUACUAUACAAAGCAGCAAGAAGGGCAAUAAAAACAGUUUUUGGAGAAGAUCCAGAUUUCAUUCGUGAUGGCUCAACAAUUCCUGUUGCCAGAAUGUUUCAGACUGUAACACAGAAAAGUGUGAUGAUGCUUCCGAUUGGAGCGGCCGAUGCUGGGGAGCAUUCCCAGAAUGAGAAAAUAAGCAGACACAACUACAUUGAAGGAACCAAAUUGUUUGCAGCUUUUUUCCUGGAGAUAUCAAAACUACAUCGGAGCUUACAUGAAACUUCCCACACAGAGACUAUCAACUGACAGACCAUGUCAAGAAAAUCAGCAAAGCACUUUGUUAAACUUUCUAACUUAUAUAAAACAUAUAAAUCACAUAUUCAGUGGCUGUGAAUUGGUGGGGGAAAAAAAAGCCAUGCUAUUUCCUGGCAUACUAAAUGGCAGGCAUUUGUGAUAUGGUCCAUCAAGGGAUCUUAUCCGUAAUGCUAGAAAAUAGGGUUAGGGAUAAUUCAUUCUUGCUGAAUGGAAAAUGUUACUUUUAGUUUUAAAUUUCAGGACAAAGGGAAUUUAUACAACCAUUUUACCAAAAUUACUUUAUUUCUGUUUUGAAAUAUCACUCUUCAUGCUGUCUAGCUCACAUUCCAGGUUCUGAAUAUGAGCAAUACACACUGUAGUUUCCUCCUAAUUAUAUACAAAAGUAUACUUAUGUAAUUCUUUGAAGAAAGAUCUACUAUCAAAUUAAUCUCUUUCCUUGUCCUUCACAGAAGAUUUUAAAUAGUAAGUGAAUGAAAUGUUCUUGUUGAGUUUGAUGUGAAGGCUUGCCUAAUAAUAUUUAUUUAUGGGUAUAAUCACUGAGGUAAGUAGAACUGCAACAAUAAAUAAACAUUUCCAGAUUUGGA